AUGCCAACUCUCACCCCCAAGGCCUCACUCCUGACCCCAAUUCCAAAUUCCCAGGAGCGGAACCUGAUUCAGGUUCAGGUUCAGGUGCCCACCUCCUCCAACCAGCCAUGGCCCCCUCUGAGGCACUGGUUCUGGGACUGGGUGGAGCGGGAGGCCAGGGUCCGGCACAGCCGGGCAGACCGGGAGAGGGCCCCUUGGCUGCCGUCAUGGGAGCAGGCCCCCAGGGCUUCCCCCAGCUGCCCCAGCCUGGAACCCCGGAAGGCAUCAGAACCCAGGGACACAGGCUCCAGACGGGACCACGUUAGCGUUUUUGACCUGGGACAAAUCCCGAACCUCUCAGCUGCGAAGACCGCACCUCAGGACUCUGUCCACAAGGACAGACAGUCGGUCCCCACCACCAUCCUGCUCCACAAGUCACAGAGCAGCCAGGCUGCCCUGGUGCCCAAGGAGCACAAGAUGUUCCUGGAGGAAGCCUACAACGCAGCCAUCUGCUUCAAGAUGCUCCGUGACCUGAAUGGAUCAGACCCCCUCCGCCUGAAGUAUGUCAUCAGGAAGAUCAAGAACAUUGCUUAUGAGUCCCCCAACCUGGUGCUGGAAGCCAUCCGUGACUACUUCACAGACAACCCAGAGAUCUCCACCCGGCACAGGUUCCGGCUAUUCCAGGUCCUGGAGACUGUCAUUGGUGCCUGUGACUUCCUGGAGGAGACCUGGGAGAAAACUUUCAUGAAGCUGGCCCUGGAGAACAUGACCAAGACCACGGAGCUGGAAGACGUGUUCCAGGAUGCAGCCAGCAACGUGCUGGUGGCCAUCUGCAAGCACGCAUGGCGGGUGGUGGCCCAGCACCUGGAGACCCAGAUGCUGACGGGCCUCUUCCCACACCGCAGCUUCCUCUACGUGAUGGGUGUCCUGUCCUCCAGCGAGGAUCUCUUCAAGAAGGGAGAGAAGAUGUGCUGGGAAAAGCAGCUGGCCCAGAUAGCCGCCAAGUCAGUUCAGUUCCUGAACACUGAUGUGUGGUCCAAGGAGCUGCAGCGGGCGCUCACCAAGCCUGACAGGACGCAACAGGAGCAGCCCCCAGAGAAGGCCUUCCUCUUCUACUACUACGGGCUGAUCCUUCAGGCUACAGAGGACAGUGCCACCGUCAGGGCACACCUGCAGUCCCUCCUGGAAACAUCCCACCAGUGGCCAAAGCAGAGGGAGGGCAUGGCUCUCACCAUGGGUCUGGCCGCUGUCCGCCACCUGGAAGACGUCUGGGCCGUUCUGGAUCAGUUUGGCCGGAGUGCGCCCAUCAAGUGCAGUCCCCACAUCUUCUCCCCAAAGAGCUCAGAGGACUUCCGGUGGAAGUGGGCCAGCAGCACCAUCCUGCUCGCGUACGGCCAGAUGGCAGCCAAGGCUAAGGAGUAUAUCCUCCCGUGGGUGGACAACAUCUUGUCCCGGAUGAUCUUCUACUUCCACUACAGCUCCUGGGAUGACACACUGAAACAGAGCUUCCUCAAGGGUGUCCUGCUGCUGGUGAGGGCCAUCAGCCGGAAUGAGGGUGCCCACAGCUAUGAGUUCUCCCAGGCCCCCGAGCUCCUGGACUGUCUGAUGAUUUUGUUGGAAAAGGAGUCCCCGGAUACGCUGUGUACAUCAAUCCGCCAGCAGGCCAUCCACAUCAUCUCUAGCCUCUGUAAACUGAGGCCCCCGCCUGACCUGGAGCGGAAGUCACGGCUCCUCUCUGUCUGCUUCCGAAGCGUGUUCGCCCUGCCACUGCUGGAGGUUCUGGAGAAGCACACCUGCCUCUUUCUGGAGCCACCCAACAUACAGGAAUCCAGGGUGUCUCUGUUACCGGAUGACACCGCAUUGGCGCACCCAGGGGGCAUGUACCCACCAGGCCUCCCUUCAUUACCCCCAAUGCCCACCUCCACCCUGGCAGCCGGCAAGCGAAGUCCUGGGCUGGGGGUGGAGUGCAGCGCCCCGGAAUCAGGGCCCACGGUUUGCGGACCGGUGCAAGACGAGAGUGUGGGCCCUGGUUCAAAAUGUGUUAACAAUUUCAAGAUGGGGUCCCGCACAGCAUUAAGCCAAGCGUGCGCCCCGGCCCUGUACGACAGGACUGCGGAGGCCCUGGACCAGCUGCUGCAGACCUUCAUCAGGCAGACCCCCACGGCUGAGGAGCUCCACUUCCUGCUGUCGCACAUGUACUUCUGGCUGGCGUCGGAGAAGGCACACGAGCGACAGCGGGCAGUACACAGCUGCACGGCCCUUCUCAAGUUCCUGAGCCAGAACCCCCACCUGGACCCAAAAGAGGAGUUCAGAUGGACUGGGAAGCUGGUGGGCAUGCUGGGGAUUCUGUGCCAGGACCCCGACAGGGCCACCCAGCUCUCCAGCCUGGAAGGGAUGGGCCACCUCUACCAGCUGCUGAUGCGCCAGAAAGCUGUGGAAGCAUCAGAGGUAGAAUCGGGAACCCCCAAGCAGCCCUGGAGCAGCGGCGACCGGAAGACAGCUCCCGCAGGUGCCCCAGAACAGGCGCCCCGGAUGGACCCCCUCUUCCAGCCCGGCGGCUCCCAAGUCAUCAAGGUCAAAGCCCUGAGGCUCAUGAGCAGGAGACGGUGGCGUCAGUCUGUGAGCAGGGAUAAGACCUGCCACCCUGCAUUUCCCGAGUACCCCAUGGUGUCAGGGAUGAGACCCGCCUCCCUGGGCCUUGAGUGCUGCUCCUGGGAGACCGAGGUCAUGAAGCGUCUCACCAUGCAGGAGCUGACCGACCUCAUCUGGACAGCCAUUGAUGGCCUGGGCUCACACAGCCCCUUCCGAGUGCAGGCGGCCGCAGAGAUGCUACUGGCAGCCAUCCAGGACCGUGGAGCCAAGCUGGACACCGUUGCCAGGCUGGGUCGGGCCAUCCACCUGCAGCUCUGCUCUGUCCGAAUCCCCCAAGCAAAGGAGCAUGCCCUCCAGGCCAUCACGCUGCUGGCCCGGAGCCACACCUCCCAGCUGGUGGCUGCCUUCCUGGACUUCUCCAUCCCUCUGGACAGCCACGCUUUCCGCCUGUGGAGGGCACUGGGUGCCGAGCCACCCACGAGCCGCCUGGUGCUGGCUACUCUGCUGGCCUGGCUGCAGGAGCGGCCUCUCCCCAAGGCGGCUGGUGACAGCAGCCCCCAGUCCAAGGACAAGGCCUACCUGCGCUCACUGGCCGCCAUGAACACGGUCCAUGAGCUGCAGUUCACCCGCGAGUUCAAGGUAGCAGUGCAGGAAGCCUACCCCGAGCUCCUCCUGGCCCUGCUUGCCCAGGUGCACUACAUCCUGGAGCUGGACCUGCCCAGGGAGCCACAGCCCCACUCCGAGAUCCAGGAGGCGGCUGUGACCAGCCCCCAGAGGUGUAGCACGUCCCUGGAGGCCCUGAAGAGCCUGCUGUCCACCACGGGGCACUGGCACGACUUCGCCCACCUAGAGCUGCAGGGUUCCUGGGAGCUCUUCACCACCCUCCCCACCUACCCACAGGGCGUGAGCCUCCUCGCCAGGGCCAUGGUGCAGAACCACUGCCAGCAAAUCAAGGCCGUGCUGGGCCAGCUACUGCCCAGCCUGCAGAGCAGGGAGGAACGUGAGAGGAAGGUGGCCAUGCUCAUCCUCACUGAGUUCCUCUACAGCCCCGCCCUGCUAGAGGUGCUCCCCAAGCAGGCUGCCCUAGCUGUGCUGGCCCGAGGCCUGCGGGAUACCAGCCCCAAGGUCCGCGUGUGGAGCUUGCAGGGCCUGGGGAACGUUCUCUUCCACCCUGGCGGUGGCAGCCUGCUCCGCGGACAGCUGCCGCCCUUCCUGGACGGCUUCUUCCAGGACAGCGAGCCGGUGGUGGUGCGCGUCAUGGGCACCGUGUCAGACGUGCUGCGCCGCCUGGGUGCGCUCGGCGCGGGCGCCCAGAGCCUUGGCGUCGCCAUCAACGCCCGUUCCUUCUUCGACGACGAGCGGGAUGGGAUCCGGGCGGCAGCCAUGGCUCUGUUCGGGGACCUGGUGGCAGCAAUGGAGGGCAAGGAGCUCGGCAGGCUGCGAGCCCAGGUGUACCAGAGCAUGGUGCCCCUGCUGCUGCACCUGAAGGACCACUGCCCAGCCGUCGUCACGCAGGCCAAGUUCACCUUCUACCGCUGCACGGUGCUACUGCACUGGCGGCUUCGGCACACCCUCUUCUGCACGCUGGCCUGGGAACAGGGCCUCAGCGCCCGCCACUUCCUCUGGACCUGCCUGAUGACCCACAGCCAGGAGGAGUUCCAUGUCCACUUGACACAGGCCCUCAGCUACCUGCACAGCUGCCACCACCACAUCAAGACCUGGGCCGCGCUCUUCAUAGGUUAUACCAUCUGCUAUCACCCCCAGGCCGUGUCCCAGAUGGUGACUGGCGUUGACACAAACCUACUCUUCUGUACUUUCGAAGAUCUCAAAAAAGACCCCGAACCAGGCAUCCGCGAGUUCGCCACCAGGCAGCUCUCCCUCCUCCAGAAGGUGGCGGCGACCAGCCUGGAGCACUGA